AUGGCUGAUCCUGCAACUAAAAGAUCUGAUGAACUCAGACAACAAGGUAACAGAAAAUACACUGAAAAGGAUUAUAAAGCAGCUAUAAAGUUUUAUGAGGAAGCUCGAACAUUGACACCAGCCGAUGCAGCCAUUCCUUCAAAUCUAGCAGCUUCGUUUUACGAGUUGGGUAUGUACGACAAGGCUUUGCUUUACAGUCAGAGAACCAUUGACUUGUUGGAAAAGGCUGGAGAAGAUCCAAAAAAGUUGAGAAGAAAGAACUUGAUCCGUCUUGCAAGAAUAUACUAUAUGGUGUCGCCUCAAAAGAAGGAUCUCAAGGGAUUCGCUCGCGCAGCAUUCAAACAAACAGAUCUCGAACAAACCGACGACAAUGAAGAGUUGGUCGCUAUCCACAAUCAAAUUCAAGCUUUCAUUAAUGACGACAGUGUCCCCAAACACGAGAAAAAGGAGCGUGACGUCUUUACCAACUUGCCAAGACUACAUUCAACCAAGACACCCAGUGUUAGAGAGUAUUACACCUUUGGACAUGACACUGCAUCGAGUAUUCUAUUUCACUAUGACGAGCGUAUGGCCGACCGCGAGAAUAAGGGUAUCAGAAUCAGUCAACACCCUAAAUUAUCAUUCUUUUUUGGUGGCGUUGGAGAUGCGCGUAACGUUAUGAUGUCUCUGUCUGACAUUAACCGUCAAGUCACACAAGAAGGAGGUUCAUCGAUGGACAUUAGCAGCAUCAAAAUCGACUUUGUUCUCAACGACGUCUUAAACACUAGUAUUGCACGUUCCAUCCUGGUCUUUAUGAUUUGCGAAGAGUUGGGUCAAUACUCUUACGAUGACUUGCAGAAAAAGAAAGAAGCAGCAAAUCUCAGUGCACUCCUCUACUAUAUCUACCUCGGUGUUGUCAUGCCAGAGACAUUGUAUCUUGAUCUUGUCAAGCGUAUAAAGUCAUUUAUCCAAAUGGGUGACAAUGGACAAUUGCCAUCGUGGAUUGUAAUCUCGCCGGCCACAUGGAAGAGUGUACGUAAAUCACUUGCAUUUUGGAUCAGUGACGAUUUCCACGCUUCUACUAGAUGGUUACUCAGAACGUUUGCACCAGAGAUUGACAACUCGUUUUUGGACGGUCUCGACGACCAGGUCAGAAACGAUCAGUACAAACUUGGCCAAAAGCUUGGCGAAGAGUACAAGAACCAACUUCCUAUCCCCGUUCAAUUGGAAAACUUCUUUAUGAAGAGCUUCAAGAUCCUUUACCCACCCGACCAAUGUGAUGCUGGCACUCUUCAUCCAAAACUCAAGACAUUGAUGGAAGAACUCAAGAGCAAGAGCAAGGUCAACGACAAAUCAGCCAAACAAAUGAUGGAGGAUAUUGCUGCCACUUGGAAGCCAAAUUUGACUUGUAUCGAUCAAAAAUGGAACAUCAACAACACUAGCUCCAACUUGCACUUUGAUCCAAUCCUCGUUGCCGACAAUUGUUUCAACGACGCUUGGAUGACCAAGAGACUCAGGGAAAAGGCUACCGCCGCAAAGUCAAAGGUAGCAACUCCAACACUCUUUGAAUUCUUUAUCCAAGACUUUUAUCAAUGUGGUCAAGCUAUUCAUAGACUUGGCAAGUCUGGUCAUCUCGUCAUGGAGUUUGACGUCAAUGAAAUGCACGACACCCUCGCCAUGAUUAGCGACAAGAAACGUGAGGCUUCCAGUCUCCCCAUCAUGUUUGAUCGUAUUCAUCUUAGUAAUGUCACUGAUCACACUGGUUACAUUACUCCAUUCACUGAAAUUGCUCAACUACUCAAGCGUAAAGACUAUAGUUAUAUCUGUUUUGCCAUUCUUUUAAAUGUCAGUUUCUGGAAGGAUAUGAAUGAACUCGUCUACUCCUACACUGGUAUUCAAAACAUUGGUGAUUUCCCAAAGUACUUGGGUUUCAAGAAACUCUAUGGUGAUCUCUUUACCGAAUAUACCUAUUGGCAACCAGUAGAUAGUCCAAAAGAACUGGCCACCAAAGAAGAAAUUACUCAAUGGAUUUUUAAUUUAUUUGUUAAUUUUGGUAUUCCUGCUCCAAUGAAUCCAAGCCAAAUUUGUAUUAUUAAUUCACCAAAUAAUCUUAGUGCAAUCUUUAAGGUAUUAACUAGAUUGAAUGAAAUUGGAUAUCCUAUUCAUUGGUUGACAAGUAUUUUGGAGAGUUUGUUGUGUGGUGCCAUCAAUACAACGGCAACGAUUCCAGGUCAAAGAGUCAUCAAGUACAUCAAACAAUACAUGAGAAAGUACAACAUUUUGCCAUGGCAAUUAGAAUUGUCAACAUUGACUGGUCUUUGGACUGAACGUCAUGGAAUUAGAAUCAACUCACCAACAGCCAUCUACAAGGUACCAUAUCCAGGUCAAGUCCAACACUACAGAAUUCCAAUUCAAAUGAUCAAUGAAUUUAUUCCAUUCUCUGGUGGAAGUGUCAUUGUCAGUACAUUGGUCGCUGUCAUUGAAUAUCCAUCAAUGCCAAGUGAUCGCAAGAUUCAACGUUUUGAUCCAAUGGAUUUCGAUAGUUCACCCUUUGACGACACCAUUAGAAACUCUUUGGUUGAAAUUAAACAUGCCAAUUGGUUACAAAUCGUUUCCGUUUGCAGUUGGAAUGAUGUCACUCGUCAAUUAGACUUUUGGAUGAGUAAAGUUGAAUUCCAAAAACUUACUCAACUCGGUUGUACCGUUGCCGUAUUCCGUAAUGAUAGUUGGAGAGUCAUUUCAAACUCUUCAUCUUUAACAAAUGCUACUGUCAUCUCUGAUAAAUAA